AUGAUUCAUUUUUUCUUCUUCCUCUUCUUUUUUCCUCUUCUUUUUCUUUCUUCCUCCUUUCCUCUCUUCAUUUUUCUUCUUUUUCUUUCUUCUUCUUCUUCUUAUUCAUUUCUUCUUCUUCCUCUCCUUUCUUCUUCUUUUUCUUUCUUCUUCCUAUUCUCUCUUCUUCUUUUUCUUUUUUCUUCUUCUUUUUCAUUUCUUCUUAUUCAUUUCUUCUAUUUCCUCUUCUUUCUUUUUCGUCUUUCUUGUUUUUCUUUCUUCUUCAUUUCUUCUUCUUCAUUUCCUCCUCUUUCUUUUUCUUCUUUCUUCUUCUUCUUUUUCUUCUUUUUCUUCUUCUAUAAACUUUCUUUUCUUUUUAGGUUGUUUCCUUCUGUUAUCAUUUUACCCAUUCUUCAUUCAUCUCACCUUCUUUCUCUCAUAUCUCUUCUCUCUUAUUCGUUUUUCUCCCUUCUUUUUUCUCUCCUCUUUGUCCUUUUUCCUUUCUUCUGUCUUCAUUCCCUUUUCUCUUUUUGUAUUUCUUUCUUGUUUUCUUUAUCAUCUUCCUAUCAGCAUCUAUUUAUUUACCUUUUCCUGCACUUCUGCUCAUCGCCCUCCACCACAUUCGCCUCGAUCACCAAAAUUACCUCGACUACUCUCAUUACCAACACCUCUCCCUCGACCGAUCUCCCUGACCUAUUGUUACCGCCUUUUACCUCUCCCCCCCACUUCACGUCGUCAACGCCACCAUCGUCCUCGCGGGAUUUCGUGCUCUUCGUCCGUGGACGCCAUUCGUCCUUCCGUUUUCUCGUUCUUUCUAAAUAUCGUUUCUUCCUUUAUUUGCUACACUUUUUUAUUUUCUUUUUUUUUUUUUUUUUUCUUCUCCCGUGA